GAGGGAUGACGCCACGGAACCCCGGAUGUUGGCGGCGCCCGCUGCCCCGAGCGCCGCGGGAGGAAGCGGCUGCCGGGGGUGGGUUUCCUCCCGCAGGGGCCGCUCCCGUCCCGUCAGGGCGAGAUGGGGACGGCGCUGGAUAUCAAGAUCAAGCGGGCCAACAAGGUGUACCGCUGCGGGGAAAUUCUUUCUGGAGUCGUGGUCAUAACAAGUAAGGACACAGUCCAGCACCAAGGCAUCUCAUUGACAAUGGAAGGAUCUGUAAAUCUGCAGCUUAGUGCCAAAAGCGUGGGUGUGUUUGAAGCUUUCUAUAAUUCUGUCAAGCCUAUUCAAAUUAUAAACAACACCAUUGAAAUGGUAAAAUCAGGGAAGCUUCCCAGUGGCAAGACAGAAAUUCCUUUUGAAUUUCCAUUGCACGUGAAGGGCAACAAAGUUCUGUACGAGACGUAUCAUGGUGUCUUUGUUAAUAUUCAGUAUACCCUGCGGUGUGAUAUGCGACGCUCUCUGCUGGCAAAAGACCUAACUAAGACUUGCGAAUUCAUUGUCCACUCACUGUCACAGAAAGGGAAACUGACUCCGAGCCCAGUAGACUUCACAAUUACUCCUGAAACUUUGCAGAAUGUUAAAGAGAGAGCAUCGCUUCCAAAAUUUCUCAUCAGAGGCCACCUCAGUUCUACAAACUGUGUCAUUACGCAGCCACUUACAGGGGAGCUGGUAGUGGAGAGUGCAGAAGCUGCAGUCAAAAGUAUUGAGCUGCAGUUAGUGCGUGUGGAAACCUGUGGGUGUGCAGAAGGUUAUGCCAGAGAUGCCACAGAGAUACAGAAUAUUCAGAUUGCUGAUGGAGAUGUCUGCAGAGGCCUACCAAUUCCUAUAUACAUGGUGUUUCCCAGGUUGUUCACUUGCCCUACCCUGGAAACAACAAACUUCAAAGUGGAGUUUGAAGUGAACAUUGUUGUCCUUCUGCACGAUGAUCAUCUAAUCACAGAGAACUUCCCACUGAAGCUCUGCAGGAUGUAAACAGCCAGAGGAAGAAUCGCUUAAGGAGUCACUGGAGAAGGAUGAAAUCAUUCAUUCAGAGACAAAAUGAGAUUUUAUCUUGUGUUAUUUGAAGUGAAAACUUAUCACUUCCUUCUUCCUGAUGGUGGUUCUUGGGCUCUCAGUCUAUAAUUCUUCCCAAAGCCUGUGCCUGUCUUACAAUAGCCUACGUGGAUUAACCAUCUCGAGAGCACUCUCAAGUGUUUGAUUUCAGCAGCCAGAUUUUCUGCAACUUUUUCCUCAGCCAAAUUGUGAAUGAUUCUUUGCAUAUUUUCACAAGUUCUAGAAAUAUGUAAAGUAAGUUUUUCUGCUCAAUUCAUAACGUAAUAACACCUGUUUCAAAUUCUUUCAAAGACCUCUUAAACGGAACCAGUCCUGUUAUAUAUGGUGUAUAUAUAUUUGAGGAGGGGACGGGACUGGGAUAUAUAAUACUGAAUAGUAUUUGUGGAAGUAUAAUAAAUGGUGCUACCACAACGCACAGUGUCAUGGGAUGAAUAUUGCAAGAUGGUUGAAUUCAGAGAUGUGAAAUGAGUAAUGAUGUGAAUUAACAUCAAGUGUAUUUUGGUCAAAUUAGGAAUGAGUCUGCCUUGAAGGAGUGCUUAGAACUGAAGUUACUGCUUCACAUGCAGCUUCUCACUGGAUAUUCCCUGGGAUGCCCUUGCUUUACCCUUUGCUAUUUGUGUAAAGUACUGCCAAGAAAGAUCAGUCAGAAGUUUUUAGCUUCAAACUGUACUUAUUCUGGGCAUUUUAACAUCUUUCUUCUUUACUAGACUUGUACAGCUCAGCUCAGAUGUGAAAAAGGAAUGACUGACAUGACAAACAGCAGCACUGCAUUGUUCGUCUGCUCCAAGAGUAGACUACACCAAGUACUGGAGAAAGUGCCUAAAAUACUUUCAUGCAGUGGCACUUUGUGCCCAUGGAAGAAUAUUAUUCAUGAUGUGAGCAACCAUUCCAAGGGAGAUAGACCAUUUGCUGCUUAAACAGGUGGGUUAAUACAUACAGAUACGAGCACCAGAAAGGAAUUUGUGGAAGCAAAUAUACAACUUUACGCUAAGAAAUACACUAAGUCUUUGGAAUCAUAAAUCUUAAAGGUUCAUAUGAAGUAGGAACUAGAUGGGAAUUACAGCAAGAAAGAACCUCCCCAGACAAACACGUAAUGAUUCUGAUGUUAUUGGAAGUUAAUAGAACAGCUGCAGUUUUCUUCUAAUUGUUCAUUUUCCACAAAUUCUGUGUGGGAUGGAGGCAGGCUAAGUAUAUAGGGCGAAGCACAUCAAGAAUGAGUAAAAAGAUGACAGCCUUAAAAGAAUUAAAAAGAAAACUGCCAAAAUCAACUUCCCAUAGCUUUUUCCAGCAGCAUUGCUAAGCAGGAAUUUGUACUUCUGAGUUUGGCCAUUGUUUGCUAACAGCUCUGCUUCAGGAGUAAGCAUUUGGCAUUGUUUUAAUGUCCUACAUUUAUUUAUUCAAACAAACAAACAAACAAAAACCAAAUGCCACACCUUUGCUGUUCUCUAUCCCUUCUCGUGCCUCCCCAUUAAAUAGAAAUAAACACUUUUUUUUAAAGA